AUGCCCCUCGAAGUCAUCGUCCACAAGGGCCCUCGGACGGAGAUCGUCGAGUCUCCGAUCCCCACCCCCAACGACCACCAGGUCGUCAUCAAGGUGGUUGUGUCUGGCAGCAACCCGAAGGAUUGGAAGCGGCCGCAGUGGACGGGCCGGACAAUCAACGAAGGGGACGAUAUCGCCGGUAUUGUGCAUCAGGUUGGGAAGAAUGUGACUGAAUUUAAGCCCGGUGAUCGAGUUGCUGCCUUUCAUGAGAUGGGCACUCCCCAUGGAAGCUAUGGCGAGUACGCCGUUGCUUGGGACUAUACGACCUUCCAUAUUCCCGAGAAGACGUCUUUUGAGGAAGCUGCAACGAUCCCACUAGCAGCUGCUACUGCCGUCGUGGGACUUUUCUCCCGCCUGGGACUUCCCGACCCCUGGACUCCUGCCACCAGCCGUACGCCGCUGGUCAUCUACGGCGGAUCCUCGGCCGUCGGAGCCUUCGCAAUCAAGCUCGCUCGCCGGGCCAACAUCCACCCGCUCAUCGUCGUCGCCGGCAAGGGAGCUUCCUACGUCGAGACGCUGAUUGACCGCUCUCAGGGCGACACCAUCGUUGAUUACCGCGGGGGGGCCGACGCCGUCGUCGAGGGACUCAAACAGGCGCUGCAGCAGUCGGCCAACGUCAGCCAGGCCCCUUACGUCCUGGAUGCGGUCUCCGAAAAGGGCAGUGUUGAGAAUAUCGCCAAGGUGAUCGACCCGCACGGCCGUGCGACUUUCGUCCUGCCUUACGAGAAGUCCGUUUUCCCGGAGACCGUGCACCACAGCCUGACGCUCGUCGGCAGCGUACAUGACCAGGAACGGGAUCUCGGGUACGUGUACUUCCGUUAUUUCGCCAAAGGACUGCAAGACGGGUGGUUUUCGGGACAUCCAACGCAGGUGCGGGAGAAUGGUCUGGAAGGGGUGGAGGGUGCCUUGCAAGACCUCAAGGAUGGCAAGGCCAGCGCGGUGAAGUACGUGUUUAGGAUUGCGGACACUCCUAAACUCAAGGCUGGUCUGUAG